UUAUUUUAACACCAUAUAAAAUAGUUUAUGCAUUUAGCUGCCAUUUUAAAGUCAGGUGAGUGGUUUAUGAACACUUCAGCCAAUCAGAGAGCUGGAUGUGUUCACCUGGUGGCAUUAUGGGUGGCAUAGUUUAUUUAAACAGGAAGCUACUGACAUCCAAGACGCGAAAUUCAGGUGUGGUGAGGGUGGGAGAUGCCACAUGUUCGUGAGUACACGUGAUAAACACACAUUAUCACUCAAACUUAAAUUACAUACUGAUUUGUGUGUUUCUGGCCACUAUGUGAAGGAAUUUUCCUACAUGAUUUUGAUUUAUAAAAAAAUUCAAUAAGUACGGUAAUGUUGGCUUUCUGAUUAAAUUAUGGGACUUGAGGCCCUUGGUGUGUCAGGGCCUGAUGUGGUAUUGGGAGUCAACAGUGAUGUAGGUCUACUAGUGUAGAGAUUUGAGUAUAACUUGCAACACACAGGCUUUGUUUCCUCUCAACUUCCUAAAGAGACUUUAAAUGAAGGCCUCAUAAUCUAAUACCAUCAGCCCCAGAGUAUUCUUGCUCUCUAAGUCAAAUGUGGGUCAAGGAUUUCACAUUAACCUCUGUCAAAACCCAGGCCCCAGGCAUGGCGACGUUGUUUGACGAGAUCAGCCAUCAGCUGGACUUCUCUAGCUGUGAAGAAGAGGGGAACAGCAGUGACAACAGCUCUGAUGACUGCACCUUCAGGAUCCGCAGCCCCAGGAUCCACAACCCCAGCUCUGCGUGCAGGACGCCCAGCAUCCAACGCCACCGCAGCAGAAGCAACACCCUAUGUUCCCCUGUGCAGUGCACCAGCCCCAUACCUUACGCUUCCUGGAGGAAACUGAGGCUUUGUGACUCUCCCAGUACCCCCAAGAGCCUGUUAUCAAAGUCGUCCCAGCCUUGCUCCAGCACUAAGAUAGGUCGUCCUCAGAGGACCCUGCAUUUUGCCUCAUCUGCUGCUAACCUCAUCCAGGCACCCUCUGUCAACGUGAAUCCUUUCACCCCUGAAGCAGUCCGCAGGAGCAGCGAGCAGCAGUGGAAGAACUGUUGCAGGAGUGAUGAUGACGAUGAUUAUGGACGCAGGUUGAAACACAGCCUGGCGUCAUCUGAGGAGGAUGAUGAAGCCUUUCUCCCACCAAAGAGGCGUGCUGUCCAGGCCCUCAUGCUGUCACGCUAUGAGAGUGAGUUCCUGGAGCUGGAGUGCAUCGGUGUAGGCGAGUUUGGGGCCGUUUACAAGUGUGUGAAGAGGCUGGAUGGUUGCUUGUACGCCAUUAAACGCUCUCGCCGACCCCUGGCGGGCUCUGCCAAUGAGCAGCUGGCCCUCAAAGAGGUGUAUGCACAUGCUGUUCUUGGGCACCACCCACACGUUGUUCGCUAUUAUUCAGCAUGGGCAGAAGACGAUCACAUGAUUAUUCAGAAUGAAUACUGUGAUGGUGGAAGUCUCAGCGAUGUCAUUGUGAAGAAGGAGAGGAAGGGUGAGCUGUUCUCAGAGGCCGAGUUGAAAGAUCUGCUCUUACAAGUGUCGAUGGGGCUGAAAUACAUCCACAGCUCAGGCCUCGUACACCUGGACCUCAAACCAAGUAAUAUAUUCAUUUGCCAGCGUGCCAGCACAAGUACAGCAGGUGAAGGGGAGAGUGAGGAGGAAGAUGACCGAAGCACUUCAGCAGGAGUCAUUUACAAAAUUGGGGACCUUGGUCAUGUGACAUCAACCAAAAGUCCUCAAGUUGAGGAAGGGGACAGCCGCUUUCUGGCAACUGAGGUCCUGCAUGAGGAUUACAGCCACCUGCCCAAAGCUGACAUCUUUGCUCUGGGCCUUACGGUUCUGCUGGCAGCUGGCGCGCCUCCUCUGCCUCAAAAUGGAGAUGAGUGGCACAGUCUCAGAGAGGGGCAGCUCCCUAAACUACCAAAAGAGCUAUCCCCUCCCUUCAGAGACCUGCUUCAGUCGUUGCUGGAUCCAGACCUGACGAAGCGGCCAUCUGCCAGGGAGCUUUGCAAGCACACAAUCUUGAGGCAGGAGAGGACUGGGGUGGUGGCUGCUCAGCUACGCAGACAGCUCAAUGAAGAGAAGUUCAGGACAGCCAUGCUUGAAAAGGAACUCCAGGAGGCUCGUCAGGCAGCUUUGUCACCCAAGCAGAGCCUCCUCCCUGGGUUGAAACCCACUGUUAAGAUGGGGUCUAUGCCCAAAGCAGGAAGGAGGCUUGUUGGUGGGAAGACUGCACGAUCCAUGAGCUUUGGUUGCACGGGAUAUGGAGUCUGAUUGGACAUCGUGAGGCCCAUAUGCCUGUCCUUUUUGCUCUGAUAUGCAACUCCUUCUGUAACCAGGCUGUGGUAACAAUGUAGCAUGUCUAAAUGACCUAUACAGCAAGGAUUUAGUUGGAACUGAUUGAAAUAACUGAGCGGAUGGAGUGAAAUUGUAAAAUAUGCAGACAGGGGGAGUGAGACCGGUUUAUCGCAAGUGGAAGUGGUGAGGAGCUGUGAUUGUAGUGUCUGGUGGGCUGAGCAGUGUGAAGCUGUUCCGGCCACAGACUGACGAUCUCCCCCUUGUCCCCCUGCUCUUCCUCUCGUCUCUCCUCCUCCUCCAUGAGUAUCCUGAAAGCCUCCUUCUGACUGGCCAGCCGCUCAUACUCCUGCAGAGCGAUAUGAGUGUUCAUAAGGGUGCAAAGCUGUGGACAGCAUUGGUUUUAAAGGACUAAUCUGCAUAACUCAAACACUUUCAGUGAUUUUCUGGCUGAGGGGAGUUGUUGAUGCUGCAUAUCAAUCAAGGACUUGUUUUUUUUUUUUUUU